AACCGGUCAAUCAGCUGAUCUGUCAUUAAUAAAGCAACAAAUAAAUUCACCAACAUCGUGAGUUAAUUUUUAUCGUAAAAUUUUAUUUUAUAACAUAAAACUGUUGUAAAUUAUGUUGCAGCAAAGAUUAUAUCUUGCACAAAAGCAUCAAACAUGUUUAUGUCAUAUAUUAAGGCAUAUGCGGUUUCUCUCAGAUUCCAAGUCGGUUCAAAGUGUACAGCCUCCAAACCCAAAGAAGAUAUCAUCUGACAUGGUUGGUCCACCAGACCCUGUGUCCAACUUAAGAAAGGUUAUAUUUAAGCAACCACAAGAUGAAACAGCGUUAGAGAAACGGUAUAGAGAAAUGAGGAGUGAGGUACAGGAUUGGAAUCAAGAGUUUUGGACUCGACACAAUUCCCGAUUUUUUCAGGAAAGGGAGGAAUACUUAAAAAAGAAUCUUCCAGAGGGCAAGCAAAACCUGACUGCAGAUGAAAUGAGUGUGUUCUACAAAUCUUUCCUUGACAAAAACUGGAAGACACAUAUUGCAUACAACAAGGAAUGGUACAAGAAAAAUGUGAAGUUAUUAGGCCUCUCUCUGCAUGUGAAGCUGAAGAGAUUGUUUAGAAUUAAAGAUAGCUAAUAAUCGUCUUCAUAUUUAUUCAACUAUUUUUAGGGGUCUGGUUACUCUCUAUAGUACUUGGUACAUAGUCAUUGAGAGUCAAUUCACUUUAAGAUGAGAUGCAACAUGAUUACAUUGAGAAGUUUUUUUAUGUAAUAGAUAAAGAAAGAUAGUCAUUCUUUUAAAAUUUAUUCCAUCUUAUCUCAAUGCUAACUCCUGUAAUGAACAUUUCAGUGGAUUUUGUCACAUACUCACUUAUUUACAGUAAAUCUACUACAUAUUUGGCCUAACCCUACUAAUAUAUUCAGUUUAAAAAAUGUUGGCCGCUAUUGUGACCUUGUCCACUUACAUCAACUCACUUUCUUCCUUAACAUUUUUAUUGUACUUAAUUAUUCUUUCCAAUUUUAUCAAUUCUAAAUAAUAUGAAUUAGUUUAAAAAUUGCAGUUUGAUUCUCUGCUGGUAUCUUCAAAGUACAAGGGUCGCUUAAGAUGACAUAUUUUUGAUAUUGAACUAAAUUAUUUGUUUUGUGAUUUGUUAGCUCGAAGUAGUUAGUAAUAUAUAGUUACAUUUGUUAAUUAUUCAUAAGGAAUCUGUUUUGUAGAAUAUAAUUGACUAGCAAUUAAACAAUACAUCUAGAAACAAU